GUAAAGUUGGUUCUCCUGAGCUCACACGGUCAGCCGUGUUCAAAAUUUGCAAGAAGUCCCCCCCUCCUCCGCUUGAUCUUCCCCCAACCCUCUGGAUUACAGUUUUCAGGCUGAAGGAUGAAGAUGCUGUUUUGAAUCAGCAGCAGAGCAAAGAACAUCCUGUAAAACACGAGGAAAACACAGCCACCUACCUUAUCAGCCUCCUCUUCCAGCCAGAGUCAACAUGCAGCAUCCUGAAGCCCAGCAGACGACUCCACGGGGGGCCACAGAGGCCACAGACACAGCAGCUCUGUAUGUGCGGCGGGAGAGGACAGCUCUGUGGGUGACCACGGCUCUCCUGGUUCUGGCUUUGGUGGUUCUGACUGUGGGUCUGCUCUCAGCCACCCGCACAGACAACGUGCCCGCUUCGGGAUAUUAUCCUGGCAUUGCACUCAGUUUCGGAGCGUUUCUGGGUAUUGUUGGCAUCUACCUGGUGGAGAACCGCAGGCCCAUGCUUGUAGCUGCAAUAAUCUUCAUCAGUAUUGGAAUCAUUGGAUCCUUCCUCAGCGCCAUUGUGGAUGGGGUCAUUGCAUCAGAGUUCAUGGACAUUAGGCCUUUGCAAGAGGAUACCUGUGGCUAUUAUACAAGUGGAAGUGGCUAUGCUUAUGACAGCUACAGUGUAGAGACAUGCGGCACGCUCAACGAACACUGCAAACUCCAAGUGAAGAGCAACACCUGUUACUGCUGCUACCUGUACAACUGUGAGAGACCAGACUACCACACACACUAUUACCUGUACGAGGGGGUCAGCAGCUGCAGGGAUGUGAUCCACCUGUACCGUCUCCUGUGGGCCUCUGUGGUUCUCAACGUGGUCAGCUUGUUCUUGGGCAUCAUCACUGCUGCCAUCCUGGGAGCGUAUAAGGACAUGGAGAAGCCGCCUCCUCAGUUGGCUCCUAGUCCAGCACCUCCUCCUCACAUCCUAUACAACCCCAACCAGCACAUGCUCUCCUACUCAGGCUUCUGUCCCACGCCGCAGGCCCUCCCCGCCUACCCUAACUACCCCAUACCCAUGCAACACACCAAUAACUUCCAGCCACCCGCCACUCCCCAGAUGGACCCUGACGGAGGCUCCACCCCCUGCUCCUCUGAGGAGAACCAGAGCCAGAUGCCCUCCCAGGGAAACAUGCAGCCGCAGGCACAGGGAGCCACCCAGGACCCGGGGGGAUACAUGCUGACCCCCAACGCUCCGGCUCUGUAUGGAUCCUCCUACAGCCCCUUUGAGAAACCCCCACCGUACGCCUGCUGAUGGCCGAGACGGACGGAUACGGCACAAUUUAGAAGAAUUCACACGAGCCCAACCAUUAUCAGUCAGUGAAGCUGCUGCAGAUGACAUCUGAUUCCAUAAGAAAACCAAUAUUUGAUCACAUUCAGGAACCAAUGCAGCAACAAAAACAAGAUGUAAAAACUCAAAUAGAUCCUCAUUAAUCAGAAUCUCUCAUUUUUAUCCAACAUGUGUCUAUGUGUUACAGCUGGACAUCAGAUGCUGACACAUACAAACAUGUACAGUGUACUUGCAGCUCCUGCCGUAUACUUUAGAGGAAAAAGGCCUUCAUGAAAUGUCAACAUCAAUCAACCUGUUCUGCUUUGUGUAAAUCAAUUAAUUCAGUUUUAUUUAUAUAGCCCAAUAUUACAAUAACGAUCGUCUCAAUGGGCUUCAUACCAGUAAUUGUAUAAUAACCAUGAAAUCAUAAAGAACAUGAAGUCAUAGAAUUAAAUAGGUAAUGGUUAAACUAAACCGGGCAUCCCUGCCCUUUGACCCUCCUUGUCGGUAAGGAACGGAUGCUGGAAAAAGCGGAUGUAAAUCAUGUGCACUUUAAGUCAACUCGCUGUAUUAUUGGUGAUGCUUGUUAGCUGUUCUGUAUAGCCGAUGCUCUUAAACUUAUUUUUUUCUUCAUGUGUUGUGAAGUAAAGGGCUUUUGAGAACAUUUGAGAUUAAAAAGAACUCCACUGAAAAUCCUUUUUUCUGUUGGCACCUUUUGAAAUGCUUCUUUUGAAAACAAGCUCAACAAAAUGACAACUCUGGCAAGGAUUUAGCUCAGACCAUCUCCAUCUGUUAGCACUUUAGCAAAAAUUGGAAUUGGUCAUUAAGUGCAUCUCUUCUUGUUUUAUCUCAUCGACUGUGCAUAAUUUUGAAGAUGUCAAACAAUUCCAUUUAAUCAUUGAGAAAUAAACCAUCUCUGCCUGACAUGACUUCCUGUCUGCACUGCUGGUAACAAAAAGGGUUUAGUUAAACCAACACAAGGGGGAAAAAAAGCAGAGAAAUCACACAAUGAACAAAAAGCUUUUAUUUUUUUAAAUAGGAGUCUCACUGUUGAGGGAAGUCAGGGCGACUUCACUCAGCAUUGAACACAUACUGGCAGUUUAAAGUGAAAAAUAAAAAGAGGAAAAAACAUAAUACAGUUCAAGAUACAACACAGGAUAAAAAUAAAAACGAUAAAAGAUCAAGCUCUAUACUCUGGCAUCCAUUCAAACAGAAAAGUAACGAAGGAGCCCUUUUGGCAUUCUCCUCUGACAUUCUUUUAUUUUGUGGGUUGCUCAGCACCGAUAGAUAAAGACGGGCUCCUAUAGACCUCCCGGCUAUGGCUCCACCUGACUCUCCAGCACUUUUUACAUCCGUCUGCCGUUACAGAAACUUGUGGUGUGGGUGGAAAGACGUUUUUAGUUCAACUUUGGAUCGACUGUGCAUGAAACCACAGGGAAUGAAGGUAGUGCCUCCUUUCUGUUGUGUGUAAAGCAUUGAACAGUCACGUUAUUUACAGACUCAGCAUUUCACAGCACACUCAUGGUCGUUCUCAGUAGCUUGUUUGGUAAUGCAGUGCUCUGGCCCCGCCCUGUGCUUCGGCGGCCCUUCCAUCCUCUUCAGGUUGAUCGGUGUGGCAGCUUUAACCGUCUCCAUGACUCAAAGAGCGGACGGUGGGGUGGGGCUUUGGUGACGGAAUUGUCUGAUAAUCCACAGGUGAAAAUGCAUCGCUCUCUGCAAGGAGGUUGGUUUCAGUUUCCGUCAACAAGACGUGCUUGAUCUCCUACA